AUGUUCGACGCUCUCAAGAACUGGGAAUCGACAGAAGUUCGUACAGUCCCAGAUGUUAUGUAUCAAAUUCGGUGUGGUUAUGAUCAAUCUGAUCCAAGUAUCGAAUAUCAGAUAAAUUGGUUCAUCGAUUGUACAGAAACAUUUAUUCAUAAUCAUCGACAUUCGUUCGAUACGUAUUGUCUUGAAGGAGAAUACAUUGAAAAGCUAUGGGAAAUAGUUGAGAACGAGAAUACUGAUGAACGAGUUUAUCAAUAUCGGCGUGAUGUAGGUACAAAGUUCAAUCUAUACCAAACCAUUUCUGGUUCUUUGCGACAUAUGCAAACCAGACGUCAUUUUCCUGGCAAUAAAUUGCAUGUUGAUACAUGUCAAUUUCAUUCCAUAUCGUCCGUUGUUGGUUCUGGUGAUCGAGUUCUGACAUUUUUAGUGAAGAAAAACUAUCUGCCAGCUUCAGACAUCUUCGCACUAAGCAUGUCACCAGGCAUUGACGUUCAAGACAAUGAAAUCCGGCCGGCGACAAGUACUGAACGACAAGCUGUUUAUGUGAAACUUCAACAAAUAGUUAAUUCGUUCAUAAAUCUCAAAUUUUGA